AAAUCCAGCAAUGUCGCCGGAAAAUCAUCGGUUGUCAUCUCCGAUCGCCGUUGCCGGAAAUCUCUCUCUCUCUCUCUCUCUCUCUCUCUCUCUCUCUCUCUGGAAUUUCAUAGGGGGCAUUCCACUCUCUCUCGGAAAAUAAUUUCCCAUGUCACCUCCCUCUCUCUUUUCUAUGUCCGCGGGGAAAGAAGAUGAGAAGCCAAAAAAAAAUUGGCCGGCCGGAGGUGCGAGAGGAACGACGAUCGGCGGGACGGAAGUGAGGUGGGAGGGACGGACGAAAGUGACCUGUCCAAUUAUUAUUUUAAUUGUUAAAUAAAUAAAAUGUAUAAUUACAACAUUGUCCUUCAUUAAGCUAGAUAAACUAGAACCAUUAGAUUUUAAUGAGCUGGGAUAGCUAAGAUUGGCUUAGUCACUUGAUCUUAUCCCUUUCAUAUGUGGUGGAUGGUUGUGAGUUUUUUUUUUGGCUAUGCUUGUAAGGGGGCUGGGUUAAUUGUGGAUAGGUUGUGUAUUGGGCCAGUGUUUCGUUGGGCUUUGGGUUGGCUUUGUGGGUUUUCUUCAGUUGCUUUUCCCUCUCUUUUCAGUGGACUUGGUUUGUUCCUUUGUGUUAGAGCUAUUAUUUGUCUCUUGGAUUUAUCUCCCAUAAUUCCUAUAUUUUUGUCCAAACUCUAUAAUACAUUCCUAUUUUAUAAUGAAUUUACGUUUCGUAAAAAUAAACUCUUAAAUGUGUGUAGUCCUAAUUGUAGUGUUGGUUUUAGGACUUUUUUAGUCUUUUCGAAACGUAUGCACUUCACAAUCACAUAGGUAUUGUCUAAACGUGUAUUUCAUAAACCAUUUCUAAGUGUUGGGAGCAUCAUAGCAAUAAGUAUUUGAAAGCAUUGAACCGUUAGGAGAUUGUGCUGCAAGCUUUUUUUUUUAUGGAUGGAGAUGAAUGAACUUAUGAAGUGUGUGUACAGCAGAGCCAUGGGCACAAAAGUUUAGACCAAGAUAUUUAUGAAGAAGGAAAUGUGUUGUUUAUGUUUGUUAGAAAAGAAACAACAAACCCUAAUAAUAGAAGAAAAAUUAAAUUCUCUUUAGAUGUAUGUGCAGUGGCAUGAUUCAGGGCUGGGCCAACCCAGGCCUCGACCCAGCCCUCCUCCGGAUCCAGGGUUAGUUUAGUGCUUAUAAAUUUUUUCGAUUUAGGUAUUUGGUCCAGUGCUAUUUAAAAUUUUGUCUAGUUUUAUUUGAUAAUAGGAUUUUGUGUAACUAGGAAAAUGGUUCAGAUGAACAUAUCCAAACCAUUACUCUAAAUUUAUACUAAAUUUUCUAUAGCCCCAAUGAUUUUAUUUGAAAAAUAACAUGAAAACCUAAAAGUGUAAAGUUUCAUUAAAAAAAAACACUCUAAACUAAAGCACACCCUUCUUUGCAAAAUUCAAAAAAUUUCCCAAUCCCCCCCAAAACAAAACAAGAACGAGGAGACGAGCAGACCCAAAAUGGAUUUCUCUGCCAGCCCGUCGAGCUGGAUUUCUUUCCAUUCUUUUGAUUAAGAAAAUAUUUAUAAACUUGCUGAGUCAUCAUUUAGAUUGCCUCAAUUGAGUGAGGCACUAGAUUCUAACCGUUCUUUCUGGUGUUUUGAUGAAGAAAAUAUUUACAAACUUGCUCAAAAGUUUAGCCUCGAGACUUUGAAGGCUAUGAGAUUCAUUCUUUGGAGAAUGCACUACUCAUGUGAGGAAGAUGAAGUUUCUUCUCUUGCGAAAUUAUUAGAGAAGCUGGGGGAAAUAGGGAUGGACACAUAAUACAAAUUGAUUUGUCGGUUGAUUUGUCUAGUGUUGAUCUAGUCGUUUCAACAACUACCAAGAGAAUAUUUUCAGCAAUGGAACAUGAACAUUGAUUUGUGCAACAAAAUGAGCGAUGAAUUUCUCGUUGAUUACUUAGCUAUUUUCUUUGAAAAAGAGGAUAUUAUCAGUAUGGAUGAAGAUUCUAUUAUUGAUGAAUUUGCUAAAUUAAAAGACAUUCUUGUACAAUUGGCAUUGUAAUGAAAACUAUAUUAUUAUAUAUUUUUGUUUAUGGUAUCUAAUAUUCUAUUCAAAUACGGCCCAGUGCUCUCUUAUGUCCUGGAUCCGCCGCUGUGUACGUGUAGUAGUGUAAUAUUUUAGGAAAAUUCCAAAUCGAUAAAGUAUGAAAGAAAUUCAUGGUUAUAAGAAAAAAAAUAUUAGCAUUAACCGAUAAGACGCAUUUUGAAGUGAAAAUGAUAAGUUAUUGUAAGAAUUCAUAUAAGAAGUCAUCUUGAUUUAUAUCCCAAAGCGAAACCCGUGAGAAUUUAGAUCCAAAGCAGACAAUAUAAUAUCUAAAAAAGUUUGGAGUGUUAAUGCGAUCCCGGAUAGAAAAAGAAAUUAAAAACAAUAUUGAGAGGAAAAAAGACGACUAUAAAAAAUGUACAAUGUAAGUGCAUGCAUGAAUGUGGAUGGUGCUGGUGUGGCAGUGUGCGUGACGACUGACUAAGAUGCUAAGAACAAUAAUAAAAAACAAUAUUUACUAUUUCUAAUCAAUCGUCACCCAAUCCAGUCCUUUCCAUUUGUCCCAACGGCCAAAACCAAAUCCAUAGUUCUCUCUCUAAAAAAAAAAAAAAAACCAAAUCCAUAGUAUCAUUCCUUGUUUCCAAAUUCGUUUGUUUGUCUUUUUUUCCUUCUUACAUUUCAUAGGCCAAAAGACCAAACAAUCACUUCCAUAAACAUAACAGAGGUUGGAGAAGGAAGAACCCUACUACCACAAUUAUUUAUUGCAUUGGUAAGUGAGAACUAAUGUGUCCAUACUACAACCAUCAACUAUAUAUAAUAAAUAUAUAUAUAAAAUAUAUAGAGUAAAAUAUUAUAAUUUCUAGAGAAAUAUAUGUGUAUAAUUGGGUGUAGGUUCAAGUUGGAUAGUGAGAAAAUCAUGUCAACUCAUUACUCACAACAUUAGCAUAUUGGUUUUAUCCAUACAUAUUAAAAAAUUUAUCGAGUUCAGAUUUUACGUACGCUAACUUGUUUGAUCGGAUUCGAACGAAUAUCACGGAUAUGGAUAUCUUUGACAUCCUUAAUUUGAUAGGAAAAAGGUAAGGGAGCUUUGACAUGCAUUUGUAGAGGUGCUUUGGUAAAAAUCAACAAUGAGCUAGUUUCACAUUGUUGUAGAUUUUGUAAAAGCAACUUCCGACCACUUUUAGAGAUGGAUCGGACUUGAAAAACAGUUGAGUGUUUGAUCGAUUACCUAUUAGAAGUACUUUUUUAAUGUCAGAGGUCAUGUAAAAUGACUAAAAAUUAUGUCUUAUAUAAAAUGUGAAUAAAAAUAAAAAACAAAAUAGUGGAUUUCUCUUCUAUCAAAUAAUAUUAUUUUAUAAUUUAUUUUAGUUUUUAAAUGAUAUAAAUGAAAAAUAAAAAAAUGAUAAUAAUAAUCUUGAAUUUUUAAAAUAGCUUUUCGCAAAAACUCCAAAUUAGAGAUUCUAUUUUUAGGUUGUGAAAAGCACUUUUUAUUUAUUUAAAGCGGGGUGAUUUUUUACUUUUUCAAAAUCCGGACUUAUAGAGCUGUUUGGCUCGACUUCAAUUUUUGAAGCAAAAUAAUACUUCUAAAAGUUGGGUCAAACAUAAGCAAUAAUCAUAACAGCUUCCAACAAACUUAACGGCCCGAAGUAUGUAAUGAUUUAAUCGGUUCGUCUGAUUAAUUAGCCACUAACAAAAACCAAUCUGAUUCCGAUCUCCCGAUUGAUUGUAAUCAUAUUUACUUGUACUUGUUUUAUAUAUGGAGUAGAGAAAAUGCUUGUUAAGUUAUUGCGAGUAACUAACUCUUGACAUGGUAUUAGAGCCUUCAACAGACUAACAGCCAACAGGUCUAGUGUUCGAAUUUUGACGGCCUCUUUUAUUAAGCACAUUAUAUUUUGAUAUGUGCAAACUUCAAAUACAUAAAUUUGCUUUCGUUUGUGAGUUAAAUUAUAUAAUAAGAUUCAUAAUGGACUUUUCUACACAAAUCGAGUCCUAACAUGAAAUAUUAGAAAAUGCAGUAGUUGGAUAGAUAGCUGAAGGUUUAAUGUGUACAAAUCUAUGGUCGACACAUUCGGGUGCUUUUUUCAUCACUUUCCUUGAAUUGAUUGCUUGUCGAAGGUCAGAGUCACAGGUGGUAUUCGUGUAAACUAUGCAACAGGGGAGAUGUUCCUCUGUUUCUCUCUCUCUCUCUCUCUCUACUCGCCAAUUGCAGACCUUUCCUCUGUUUCCAUAUUAUUGAUAUAUAUGUAUUGGUGGUUAUCGAAUAUCGCUGUUAGAUUACAGAUGGCGGGCUCAGUUGGGUAUGGUUUGUUCCACAGUCUCUUGAGCUAAGCCUUGGAUUGGAACAUGCUCUGUAUCUGUUACCCUUGUCUUGCAAUGGUGGAGUUGGAGGAGAAAUGGAUGUCAUAGUUACCCUUAUCAAAGCACAAUAUUGUUAUGGUGAAAGUGAAGAAGUGAAAAGGCUAAAGAGAAGUAGGGACUAGGGAUAGCAAACCGAUCAGAUUGGGAGCUCAUAGUUUAUAUUUAUUGGGGUUAAAGACACAUUUGGUCACUGAGAUUACUAAAUCGGGACAUGUUUAGUCACUAGAAAAACUUAAUAUCAAUUUUAGUCACUCGAAUUACUGAAACAGGUCACAUUUAGUCACUCUUCGUUAGUCUCCGUCCAACUCUGUUAAUGGAGUCCGUUAAGUGCUGAUGUGGCAAACAGAAUUGCCUAAUCAGCGCCGUUUUGGGCCGAAAAUGGUCAAACCCGACCCGCCACGUCACUAAACCCACCAUGUCAUACACCCAACCCAUUAACCCUACCCACUAACCCAACUCAGUCAGACUCCGAAAAUUUUGAUUAAAUUAAUUCUUUUGACCGAAUUAAAAUUCUAAGUAAAAGUUGAGCGAUGACUCAUCUUCUUAUCAACCUUUUACUAGCCAUAGUGUGCUUUUGUACUUGUGUAUCCACUUACACUUCCACAACUCACCAAUGUGUUAUAAGAGUGUAAGUGAGCUUUCGAGUUCCCCUCCUUUCAUUCAUAUUCAAACCAACAAUCCCCAGGGUGUUAAGUAUUGAAAACUAUGGAAAAAGUUGUGAUUCGCAACUAAUAAUUUAUUGUAUCGUAAUAAUCAAAUCUCAUUUGAACUUUUUCUAGUGUACAUAUAUUGAGUACACUCAUCUAUCGGUAGAUGCGAUCUUGUUUAAUCACAUAUCUUUUUGUAUACUAAGACAAUAUAUGUCGUCGACAUUCAACUCUUGGAUGUUCAUUGUUGUGUUGGUUUUAUCCAUUAACAGUUUUUACCAUCCCUGUAGAAAACCAACUUUUUUUUAGUCUUCUUGAAGUGGCUCCACUUUACAAUCAAAUAGGUGGUGUCUAAACAUGUAUUUCAUAAAUAAACCAUUUGAUAAUUUUAGUAUCAGUCUAAUAAACCAUUUGAUAAUUGACUGUCACAAUUAUUCUCAUUGGAUGAAACUAGUGAUUCGGGUCGAAUUGAAAUAUCUUCCACGAAAUUUUGAAGCCAUUCGACUUCUUUAUUUGUAUCCUCUGUUUUUAAAAGAAAGAGAGAAAAAAAAAAAACAGAGGCCCUCCUCCCAAAAAGUGUAUUCCUGUCCAAAUGCAGAAACAAUUUAUAAUAAUGAAGAAAAGAAUGAAAAGCAUAGCGACGGUUUCAGGCGUCUGGUUUCGUAAAUCCGCGAGUCUCCUCUCCAUUUUACUACAUUAUCCCAUCUCCAUUUCGCCAUGGCCAUUACCCAACUGCCUCCUUUCCCCCCAUCCCUUCUUCUUCUUCCUCCUCCUCUUAUUCUUAUAAAAGAAAAGCUCUGUUUCAAACCCAGCUCUCACAUCUUCCUUCUCUAGACCGAACUGGGUUCUGGGGGAAGGAGCCAUCUAGCCUGCUCAGCUAGCCGUCCCUCCAAUCUCCCCUUACCAUCUGUGCAAUCAGGAUAAGUUAGUUGAAGCUGAGGUCCAAAUUCGGUUGUGGUAGCUAGCUAGGUAGAACUAGGUUCAGUAGAAUUGUAGGAAAAGAAGUAACAAACAAUGGGACAGAUAGCUACCAAAGGUGGGUAUUUUCUUCUUCUUUAUUUCAUGAGGCUCACAUGAAUUGCCACUGAUUCAGGCAAACCGCUCUCUCUCUCUCUCUGUUUCUCUGUAACUUCACCUUCCUUCUCCUUCUGGCCAUUUCUAUUUCUUUUAUUACGGCCGGUUGGACGCUUCUUCAACCCGUUUCCUUUUUCCCCUUUUUCCCCCACUCCCCAUUGCUUUCAUCACUUCCUUGAACCUGUAGCAUUUAUCCACUAAGAAGUUCCAAAAGUUAGUUCACAGAGUGGGGAGAGGUGGAGAAGGAGGUUUUCUGUGGUUCUCUGUUUCUGGUCCUUUGCCACAAGGUUGAGAAACCUCCAGCUCCCCCAAACUGCUUACGUUUAUAAACUAACCAGACCCUUCUGUUUUCUCCAUCUAUUUUCCACCUCCUUCUGUUUCCCUGCCCAUUUUCUCUGCGAACCCAGUUCGCUUUACUAAGAAUGAAGACUACAGGGGAGAUGUCCCCUGCAGCAGCCGGGGUUCCAUUCAGCAUAGCCAGCCUGCUCUGCAAUCCUACCUUUAAACGUGCAGCAGAGAGAUCAAACGUGUUCCCGAUUCCUCCUCCUAGCAGCCAUAGUCUCUCCAGUUCAUAUCACUCCACUCCUCUGCCGCAAAGCAAUCAAUCCUGCAGCAUCAGUGCCAGUGAUGCUGGCUCACAUUGCGGUUCAAUGGAAGCUGAAGGGAUUAAGGGAGGUGUUCGUCGUGGCGGGGUGUUUGAGUCGGACAGCUUAGUGCUAUGGGGGAUGACAUCGAUCUGCGGGAGAAGGCCUGAGAUGGAAGAUGCAGCGGCUGUUGUUCCAAAGUUCAUGACCAUCCCGGCUCAGAUGCUGGUGAGCCAGGUCGACUUGACUGCGCAUUUCUUUGGUGUGUAUGAUGGACAUGGUGGCUCUCAGGUUGCCGAGUACUGCAGGAAGCGGGUACACGAGGUGAUAUCGGAGGAGAUCAAGGAGCUUGCAGAAGCUGAGGAUGGAGACUCUAAUGGAGAGGAUGCGUUGAAGAGAGCCUUCUCCAAUUGCUUCCUUAGAGUUGACGCCGAGAUCAGUGGUGGUGGUGGUGAUGAAGAUGCUGCUGCUGCUGUUGAGGUAGCCCCUGAGACAGUCGGCUCGACAGCCGUAGUAGCCGUGGUUUGCAGAACGCACAUCAUUGUUGCGAACUGUGGCGACUCCAGAGCUGUGCUUUGCCGCGGCAAAGCAGCCAUUCCCUUGUCCGUGGACCACAAACCUGACAGAGAAGACGAGUAUGCACGAAUCGAAAGCGCAGGAGGCAAGGUGAUUCAAUGGAACGGAGCUCGAGUUCUGGGUGUUCUUGCAAUGUCGAGGUCCAUAGGCGACAGAUACUUGAAGCCAUCGAUUAUCCCAGACCCUGAAGUGAGAAUCGUGGAGAGGGCGAAAGAAGAUGAGUGCCUAAUUUUAGCGAGCGAUGGAGUGUGGGAUGUGUUGACAAACGAGGAAGCGUGCGAGGUUGCCAGGAGAACAAUUCUGCUGUGGCACAGAAGAAGAAACAACGGCCAGGCUGGGCAUACUCAAGAACGAACGACGAUGUCCGACCACUCCGGAGCUGACCCUGCAGCGCAAGCUGCAGCAGAGACUCUGUCCAACCUUGCUCUACAGAGAGGGAGCAAAGACAAUAUAACGGUCGUCGUGGUGGACCUGAAAGCACAGAGGAAAUUCAAGAGGAAGACACAACAAAAACAACAGUAGCAGCAGCAGUAGUAGUAACAACUAAUAACCUUACCUAAACCUUACCUUCUUAGGCCCUUUUUAGCCAUUCUACACACAAACAGCAAAUGCAACGUUUGGAGCUGCUUCCAUAGAAUGACACUCACCAACAGCUCUCGUUUCUACGAUUUCAGUCUCGUGACUGGUAAUGCUUCUGCUUCGGCUGAUGUCCUUGUACAAUAUACAGUAAGAUCUGCGACACAUACGACAUAACAAUGCAAUUUUUGCCUUCCGGAUAAGCAGCAAACCUUUCAAUUCUUGGCUUCUUGCAUACACAAAAUAAUCGGUGUAGCCGAUUGCUUGACUACCACGCUACUUUAGGGUUAGGACAUAAAACACAGUAAGAAGUAGUGGAGAAAACACCUAACAGAGUUGGUAGAACACCAUGUACACUACAAACGUGUUAAAAACAAGAGAAACAAAGCCACACACCUUUCACACAAAGUGGUGUGUUUUUUUAAUACACUGUUGUUUGUCAUACAAGCAAGUUGCGGUACUCUUUCCUCUGGCAACUCAAAUUAUACAAGGGGGAUCCCCUCCCAGUGUAAGAGAUAACAACACCUCGCGCUAGUUACACUGCAGAGAAGCAGUUCGUUUUACAGUACACGAAUUGUUUUGAGCAAUUUGAUACUCGAGUUGGUACUUCUUGACACAUUGCUGCUUACCUGCCGCGUUUUGCAGCUGAAUACUUCUCAGAACUUCAAAAUUUUAACUAGAACACUUCCCUUUAGUUAUUUCAGAGCGAGUCUCCAUGAGCCGCAUCUGGUACGAAGUGGCAAAUCUAAUCAGUGUAAACAACUUUCAUCAGCAACCGAAUUUAGAUGAAUUGACUGGUUCACGACUCAAAAGCACAGGGAAACUUUUACAUAGUAAGCUGUUAAGCCACUUCUGAAAGUAAAAAGAGCUUUGGUAGAAGAGCGUACAUCAGUACAGAACCGUGAGCUAGAAGCUGUGCUUUGGUAGAAAUCAUGCUUAAUUAAAAGAAUUAGGAAGG